AUGGGGCUGAAAGCGCGGCGAGGAGCAGCGGGUGGUAGCGCGGCCGGAGGGGCGGCGGCGGCGGCGGGCGGGCGGCGAGCGGCCGCGGGAGGUGGUGGCGACCCCGAGCAGGGCUCGCUGGCCCUGGGCACCGGCGCCGACCGCGACGGAACUCUGCUGCUGGAGGGCGGCGGGAAGGAGGAGGGCGGCAAGCGGAGCCCGCCGGGGCUGGGGCUGCUGGCGAAGACCCCCCUGAGCCGCCCGGUGAAGCGGAACCACGCCAAGUACCGCCGCAUCCAAACUUUGAUCUACGACGCCCUGGAGCGACCCCGCGGCUGGGCGCUGCUCUAUCACGCCUUCGUGUUUCUGAUUGUCUUGGGGUGUUUGAUCUUAGCUGUCCUGACAACUUUCAAGGAGUAUGAAACUGUUUCGGGAGACUGGCUCCUGCUGCUGGAAACCUUUGCCAUUUUCAUCUUUGGAGCAGAGUUUGCCUUAAGAAUCUGGGCUGCUGGGUGUUGCUGUCGAUACAAAGGAUGGAGAGGGAGACUCAAAUUUGCCAGGAAGCCUUUGUGCAUGCUGGAUAUCUUUGUGCUGAUUGCUUCAGUGCCAGUGGUUGCUGUUGGGAACCAGGGAAAUGUUCUGGCCACAUCUCUCAGAAGCCUCCGCUUCCUCCAGAUCCUACGGAUGCUCCGAAUGGACAGGCGAGGUGGCACAUGGAAACUUUUGGGAUCAGCCAUUUGUGCACAUAGCAAAGAACUCAUCACUGCUUGGUACAUCGGGUUCCUGACACUCAUCCUGUCCUCGUUUCUUGUUUAUCUGGUUGAAAAAGAUGUUCCUGAAAAAGAUGCUAAUGGAGUGGAGAUGAAGGAAGAGUUUGAAACCUAUGCAGAUGCCCUUUGGUGGGGACUGAUCACCCUUGCUACGAUUGGAUAUGGUGACAAGACCCCUAAAACAUGGGAAGGACGGUUGAUUGCAGCUACAUUCUCACUCAUUGGAGUGUCUUUCUUUGCUCUUCCUGCAGGUAUUUUGGGCUCAGGACUGGCACUGAAGGUCCAGGAGCAACAUCGUCAAAAACAUUUUGAGAAAAGAAGAAAGCCAGCAGCUGAACUCAUCCAGGCUGCCUGGAGAUACUAUGCUACUAAUCCCAACAGGAUUGACCUAGUUGCCACCUGGAGGUUUUACGAAUCAAUAGUAUCAUUUCCAUUUUUCAGGAAAGAGCAAUUGGAUGGUACUGCCAGCCAAAAGCUGGGUCUCUUGGAUCGGGUUCGUGGUACCAAUACUAAAGGAAAGCUAUUUACCCCUCUGAAUGUAGAUGCCAUUGAAGAAAGUCCUUCAAAAGAGCCUAAGAAUGUUGUCUUGAAUAAUAAGGAGCGUUUUCGCACUGCAUUCCGAAUGAAAGCGUACGCUUUUUGGCAAAGCUCAGAAGAUGCAGGAACAGGGGAGCCCAUGGCAGAGGAGAGAGGCGACAGUAACGAUUUCCUUAUGGAAGAUAUGAUUCCAACAUUCAAGACAGCCAUCCGAGCUGUCAGAAUACUACAGUUUCGUCUCUAUAAAAAAAAAUUCAAGGAGACUUUGAGGCCUUAUGAUGUAAAGGAUGUGAUAGAGCAAUAUUCAGCAGGGCAUCUUGACAUGCUUUCCAGAAUAAAGUAUCUUCAGGCAAGAGUAGAUAUGAUUUUUACACCUGGACCUCCAUCUACUCCCAAGCAUAAGAAAUCCCAAAAGGGAGGAGCUUUUUCUUACCCUUCACAACAGUCUCCCAGAAAUGAUCCAUAUGUAGCCAAAGCACCCACAGCAGACACUGAAGACCAAAGUAUGAUGGGCAAAUUCGUUAAAGUUGAACGACAGGUUAAUGACAUGGGAAAGAAACUGGAUUUUCUUGUUGAUAUGCAUAUGCAUCAUAUGGAACAGCUACAAAUACAAGUUGCUGAGAUAAGUCCAUUGAAAGAAACUGCUUCUCCUGCAAAGGAGAAGAGAGAAGAUAACAAAUAUUCUGAAUUAAAAACAAUAAUAUAUAAAUACGCUGAGCAGAGUGCUCAUGAAACUCCUUAUAACUUCCAGCAGGUUCCAGUCAACAAAGUUAGUCCUUAUGGUUUUUCAGCACAUGGUCAUAUGACUCAUUCACAACCUUUAUCAAUGGGUGGGCAAAACUCUGGCAAAAUGCAAGCCACACCUUCCUCAACUUCAUAUGCAGAAAGGCCAACAGUCUUGCCUAUAUUUACAUUAAUGGACUCCCAGGUUAGCUACCACUCCCAAGGAGACCUACAAAGCCCUUACUCAGAUAAGGUGUCUCCAAGGCAGAGAAGGAGCUUAACAAGAGACAGCGAUACUCCAUUGUCCCUUCUCUCCGUCAACCAUGAGGAACUUGAGCGCUCCCCAAGUGGCUUCAGUAUCUCCCAAGAGAGAGACGACUUCCCGUUUGGCCCCAAUGGAGGAUCGGCGUGGAUGAGAGAGAAACGCUACCUAGCAGAGGGGGAAACAGACACAGACACCGACCCUUUCACACCAAGUGGCUCCAUGCCUUUGUCUUCUACAGGAGAUGGGAUUUCAGAUUCAGUAUGGACCCCUUCAAAUAAGCCAGUUUAA